AUGAAAAAGAUUGAAUAUUUUGAGACAAACAUUAAAUGCUUAUUGUUGAUGGAGAAAGUGUUUAUUUAUUCAAAGAUUAGUUAAAUAGUGAUUAAGAAUCAGAUGAAAUAUAAUAGAAAAAGAUAUACUUUCUCCUCUCAUUUAACAAUACAAUAUGAUAAAUUAUUAGCUUUUGGUUUAAAAUAUGGAUACAAACUAAUGAUGUUAGAUAAAUAUUUAAAUCAGGAUCCUUAAUAUAUUAAUGAUUUUUCUAUUUCUGAUGAUUCAUCUUUGUUAGUUUUGGCAGCAAACACUGGUAUCAGACUUAAAAAUUUAGAAUCAAACAAAGAAAUAUUUAUACCUUGA